AUGGUCUACCUCCCUGCAACACGGCAUCUCAACGGCGUCCGCCUCCUCGCUCUCGAUGGCGGCGGCGUCCGAGGCGUAGCAUCCCUCAUUGUGCUCAAAGAAAUCAUGAAGAGAGUCCAGCAACGAAAGGGCCUCAAGGAAGAGUGCCGCCCCGCAGACUAUUUUGAAUUGGCCGCGGGCACAAGCACCGGCGGCAUCAUUGGCAUCAUGCUGUUUCGGCUUCGCAUGACGGCCUCGGAUGCCAUUGACCAAUACGACAUCAUCUCCAAGGAGGUGUUUAGCCCCAAGAUCUACGGGUGGAACAUCACGCGCGUGAUGCCCAACUCGCUGGCCUCGUGGAUCAACAACAGCAAGACGCUGGUUCAGAGCAGUAGAUUCGACGACGCCUCGUUGAAAAAGGCCAUUGACAAGGUUGUUGCCAAGUAUGGUUUGGAUGAGGAGGACAGGAGGUUAAAGGGCGAUGCGCCAUUGAUGCACCCCAACGCUGGCAGGAUGUUUGUCUGCACAACAGCGCAAAACAGAGCUGAAACAGUCUUGUUGAGAUCAUACAAGGACAACACCAUCCACGUCCAAUCCAAAGUCAACGAUGUCAUGCGAGACCACUCAGACAAAAUCACCAUCAGCCUAGCCACGCGCGCAACCUCUGCGGCACCAACAUACUUCCCCGAAGUGAAGUGGCCCGAAAACAAUCCCCAGCUGACCUUCUGGGACGGCGGCCUCCUCAACAACAACCCCAUCGACCAGCUGUGGUACUCAAGAUACGAGCUCGUCCAGCCAAACGAGCCUGCUCCCGCCGUGUCGUGCGUCAUCAGCCUGGGUACCGGCUACAUCAAACCCGAUUCACCAUCAGAGUCCUGGUUCCAGCUCGCGGGAGUGGCAUCUUCAGUCAUGGGCUUUGCUACCAAUACAAACGCAAAGGGCAAGGAUUUUUCACGACACAUGACGGCGUUGAACAACCGGUCUGAACAUUCGCAGACGAGAUAUGUUAGAUUGAACCCGUCGCUUGGGAAGAGCGAGAUUGGGCUGGCGGAUUACACCAAGAUGGAGGAGCUGAAGCAGCUGGCGACUGCGUAUAUUGAGGAGGACAAGAACCAGCUGUGGAUUAACAAGGCCGUGGCUGCGAUCCAAGGCGCAAUGGAAUCAUGCUAUGGCAAGUCCAUCAUGUCAGGCGUCAUGGGCUUCGGCAUGGGCGGACUCUUUGGCCUCUUCAUGGCCUCUAUGUCGUACGAUACCCCCUUCGGCAGCCCCCUCCAAGGCGCCAACGGUCAACCCGCCAUCACGUCGCUCCCCCUCCGCCAGCAGCUCAAGAUCGGCUUCAAGGACAUGGGCACCCGGUCCUGGAGCAUGGCCAAGAACUUCGGCAAGGUCGGCGCCCUGUUUUCCGGCAUCGAGUGCGGCAUCGAGGGCAUGCGGGCGAAGAACGACCUGGUCAACGGCAUGGCGGCUGGAUGCCUGACGGGAGGCAUCCUGGCCAAGAACGCGGGCCCGCAGGCCGUUGCGGGAGGCUGCGUUGCCUUUGCGGCGUUUAGUGCGGCCAUUGAUGCGUACAUGCGCCAGCCGAGUGACGAGUAG